CAACAUCACUCAGCGAUAGAUUGUACAUGUAGGUUUCACUGGCCAUGGCCAUCCCUUUGGUGAACGCUCCGUGGAUUUCCUGUCAGCACCGUGUGCCACGCCCUUGCUUUCCCACCCGCCACGCACCGCAGACAGACUGGAAGACCACGGCCGCUGCAGCCACAUUGGGUGGCACUCUGGCGGCACUGCUCCAACGCUUGCGCCGGGCCGUGCCACCUGAACGCCGUCGGCUCCUGCGGGAAGCGAGCCUGGCACAGCUGCGGAUCAUCGCAGUGGGGCUGGAACUGCCUCAGUGCGCGGAUGAGCAGAGGUUGGCGAAGAGGAUCUCUCAGGCUUUUGAGGAGGAUGACAGCUUUGCGCGACAAAGACUGGGAGCUACGCUGCUGAAUAGCCCCAUUCUAGAGUCGAAAAGCGAAGAGUUUCAACGGCUCAUUGCUGAGCGGUUUAAAUGGAGAGAGCUGCAGAGCCUUUGUCGGCUGCUGCGACUACGCACGCGGGGUCGGAAGGUUGGCCUGGCCCGGAUGAUCACCAACGAGCUCCUGGAUCGGCGUGACCCAGGUGAGAUCAGAGGAGCCGAGGUGGUGAGAGGACAAGAAGCAAAUCAAGAGGCCUGUGGCGACAUCCCUGAGGUGGUUGACGCGCAUUUCGUACCAAUUCAGCAGAACAAUUUGCAGAACGUGCAGGAAGAAUCGGAGGCAGAACCGGUUCUGAUACCUACCGUACUCGAAGAUGAAGAAGAGAGGAGAUCCAGACUGCACGCGGAGCGGAGACAGCAGAGAAGGCGACGCCUCGCUGAGAUCCUCGCAGAGGAGUUUUCCUCGGUGGCAACGUGACGCCUUUCGUGACCUCCGAAAUUCAUUCAGUAUUUGGUGGACUCAGCAGAUGUGAAGACAGAAGAAACAUGCAAUGACAAGCAGGUGGCGUUUUGCCUGGUCUUGCAAGUACAGACAAGAUUUCUUACUUGCUUGUUAGAAUUUUUGCCAAUGCUUUACAUGGCAGCUGGUCAACCAGAACCUUGUGCAUAGUCGAUUGUUUUGAGCAUCGAUUGGGCAGCACCCAACAGUGGGGCCAACAUGCUGGACAUAUCAUCAACAUAUCCAAUGAACUUGGUCAAG